AAAAUUCUUAAAAAUAAUCAUCCAAGUAUUGCUAAAACAUAUAACAACAUUGCAAGUGUCUAUAGCGAUCAAGGCAAGUAUGAUGACGCUCUAUCAAUGUAUAACAAGUCACUCAAGAUUAAACUGACACAACUUGGCGACAAUCAUCCAAGUAUUGCUGAUACAUAUAACAACAUUGCAAGUGUCUAUGAUAAUCAAGGCAAGUAUGAUGACGCUCUAUCAAUGUAUAACAAGUCACUCAAGAUUGAUUUGACACAACUUGGCGACAAUCAUCCAAGUAUUGCUACAACAUUUCGCAACAUUGCAAGUGUCUAUAAAGAUCAAGGCAAGUAUGAUGACGCUUUAUCAAUGCUUUUGUAA